CUUGCCUUUGCAGGCGGAAAUCGCUAGCCGUUAGCGACGCCGCUAAGCACAACAUUACUGUACCAUCUUUAUCCCCGCUCGCUUUCACGGGUCUUGGCACCAGCGGUCGUCCAGCCAUGAAUUUGGAAUUGCUCGAAUCUUUCGGGCAGAACUAUCCAGAGGAGGCCGAUGGCACUCUGGACUGUAUCAGCAUGGCCCUCACCUGCACCUUCAACCGCUGGGGCACCCUGCUGGCUGUUGGCUGCAAUGAUGGCCGCAUUGUGAUCUGGGACUUUCUAACACGGGGCAUUGCCAAAAUCAUCAGCGCACACAUCCAUCCUGUUUGUUCUUUGUGUUGGAGUCGAGAUGGCCACAAGUUGGUCAGUGCAUCGACAGACAACAUUGUGUCCCAGUGGGAUGUUCUGACAGGUGACUGUGAUCAGAGGUUUCGCUUCCCUUCGCCCAUCCUUAAACUGCAGUACCACCCCAGAGACCUGGACAAAGUCCUUGUGUGUCCCAUGAAGUCUGCUCCUGUCCUGUUGACGUUAUCAGACUCCAAACAUGUGGUCCUACCUGUGGACGAUGAUUCAGACUUAAAUGUUGUUGCAGCCUUUGACAGACGGGGCGAGUACAUCUACACUGGAAAUGCCAAAGGAAAGAUCUUGGUACUGAACACAGACACUCAGGAGCUGGUAGCCUCCUUCAGAGUGACAACUGGCACCAGCAAUACCACUGCUAUCAAGUCUAUUGAGUUUGCACGGAAGGGCAGUUGCUUUCUGAUAAACACAGCAGACAGAAUCAUCAGAGUGUAUGACGGCAGGGAAAUUCUCACCUGCGGGAAGGAAGGCGAGCCUGAGCCGAUGCAGAAACUUCAAGACCUGGUCAACAGGACCCCAUGGAAGCGCUGCUGUUUUUCCGGAGAUGGGGAGUACAUUGUGGCUGGUUCAGCCAGACAGCAUGCCCUCUACAUCUGGGAGAAGAGCAUCGGCAACCUGGUCAAAAUUCUGCACGGGACCAGAGGAGAGUUGUUGCUUGAUGUUGCUUGGCAUCCUGUACGCCCGAUUAUUGCCUCCAUCUCAAGUGGAGUGGUUUCGAUCUGGGCCCAGAAUCAAGUGGAAAACUGGAGUGCUUUUGCGCCAGAUUUUAAAGAGCUGGAUGAGAAUGUGGAAUAUGAGGAACGAGAGUCAGAGUUUGACAUUGAAGAUGAGGACAAGAGUGAACCAGAACAAACAGGUGCUGAUGCUGCAGAGGACGAAGAAGUGGAUGUAACAACUGUUGAUCCCAUAUUAGCGUUUUGCAGUAGUGAUGAGGAGCUGGAAGACUACAAGGCCCUGCUCUACCUACCCAUUGCUCCUGAGGUAGAAGACCCAGAGGAAAACCCCUUCGGCCCCCCACCAGAUACCUCUGGCCCAAAUGCUUCUGCAGAGGAUGGCCCCGGGAGUGGGGACAAGAAGCAACGACAGCCAUCCGCUGAGGGAGGCCCAGCUAAGAAAAAGGCCCGCACUACCACCAUUGAACUGCAGGGAGUGCCCAGUGAUGAGGUGCAUCCUCUACUGGGUGUGAAGGGGGAUGGAAAGUCCAAAAAGAAGACAGCAGGCCGGCCCAAAGGCUCCAAAGGUAAAGACAAAGACUUCCCCCUCAGGGCAAAGUCUUACCGGGGCGACCGGCCUUCCCACACCAUCGAAACCCUGGGCAGCACUGGGAUGGGAGGAGGAGGAGGGAUAAAGGGCAGAGCAGAGGGGGGCCUGGCCACAGGAGCCGUGGUUUCACAGUCCUACAAACCGCAGGAUGUCGGGGGAAUGGAUUGAUCAUGAGCACCACCUGUUUUUCUGGAGGAGAAACAACAAGAAGAAAACAGUUCUAAGCUACAACAUGCUAAGUGCUUUUCCACUUGUAGACUCACACUGUCACAGCCCUGAUGAUGCAGCCGGACAGGACAGGACAGGACAGGACAGCUUGUGUCUGUGGAUCACAGCAUCUUCUCUGCUGAGCCCAACGACAGUUUCUAAUGUCAUCAUGGUGGUAGCAUGGUGGCUCCACACAGAAGCUUCUGGUCAUUACAAACAUGGUUGUUGCCUCUCUGGCAGGGAUGGAAACAGGCUAAUGAGGGCUUAAAGCAGCUGUAUAAUUUUACUCUAGGAUCACGUAUACUUUCUCUUUUAAUUUCUGUAGUAUUUCUCCUUUUUUAUACAUAUACCAAGAAGAAACGUGGCCCCUGUCAUUUCCCUUUUGAACAUUUGAUGGAAGUGUAGACUGCUUUUUUAUAUACAUUAAAACAAGAAUUUCUGAGUAAUGUGAAGUGUUUAGAG